CUGGAGCGGUAUGUGAUCACGUGAUUCCCAGGCGCAACACUUGAAGCUGCCCGGUCGCGCCAAGCUGUUUCUUCGUGUCAAAACAUUCCAGCGCCGAACCCCCUCCCCUCGCCAUGCUGCUCCGAGAUACCGUCCCUCCUCGAUCCGUCGUCUUUAUUUUCAUGUUUCCCGUCUUUCUGGAUUUCGCCGGCGGGUGUAUCGAGCUGCUGAACGGGUGGGACCCGGUGCCGGUCGCCGAGCGGGCCCGAAGAGCCGACGUGGUGUUGUCGGGAAGCGUCGUGCGGACGGACGCGCUGCCCCGACAACCCGGCCUGACCUACUCGGCUCGCGUUCGGGUCCGGACGGUUCUGAAGGGAAAAUCUCGUCUGCGGGAAAUUCCCGCCAUUUCUGAGCAACCGAGGGUCUAUAACGUGUCGAACUUCGGUCGGAGAGCGCAGUGCUACUCCGAAGUGACGCAGGGAGACGCUGUCAUAUUUUUCCUGGGGAUUUUCCGGGAGGGGGAACUAGCGGCAAGGUACGACGACAUCUUCGGCGCCACCGCCGACCUGACCCGAGAGAACGAAGAGGAGAUCCUGCUGGGACUCGGCUGGAGACCAUGGUCGGACUGGCAGCCUUGUUCGCAGUCCUGCGGCGGAGGGGUACAAACUAGGUCGAGAACCUGUGACAAGUCCGUCGUCGAAAGCUGUGAAGGCGUCAGCAAAGAAAAUAGAUCCUGCAACAAGUUCAAAUGUGACGGUGUAAAAGAUCUAUUACGUUUCGUCGACGUUUCAAACGUGGCAAGGAGCAAGGAGCGACCUUCGGCGUUCCUAUUCGACAACAUCCGGGAACUUCCUUUCCCCACCGCCAUCUUGUUUCCAAAAUCCUUCCCGUCAGACUUUUCGGUAAUCGCAACCGCGAAACCUCGCGAGGGUUCCAGAGGUUUCCUGACAACUGUCGCCAGUUCUUCGGGCGAAACUCAAAUUGCAAUAGAGGUAGGAAACGCGCCCACUUUGCGGUACGCCGAGCUGGGCGGCAAACCGACGUCAGGGUCACCUCGCUUCUCUGUGGACCUCUCUGAUGGCAAGUGGCACCAGUUCUCCUUCCGGGUUCAGGGUUCAGAGGUCACGUUCUACAUGGACUGUGUGUUCGAAAUGACGGAGACAAUCCAGAGGUCAAAAGCUCCUUAUAUCAACAACAGCGGGAUACUUACUAUCGGGCCAAAUUUUCAGGGUGAGCUUGAGCAGUUGGUGUUCUCUGACGAUCCCAGUGACGCAGCGUUGCAGUGCCCAACCAGCGGCCAGUCUGUGGACGAGGACACAAAGAUCCUGGAAGAAGUCACCACAUUCGCCAACGACAUCGUGCCGCUCCUGGCCGAGACUGAACCUAGGCCGCGAUUCGCCACCAGCACGAUUCCUGCCGUCACCAGCAGGAAAAUGGCGCCCGAAGUUCCGAAGCCAGUCGUUUUAUGGUCCCCCUGGUCGCCGUGCUCUGUGACUUGCGGCAGCGGACAACGCACAAGAGCCUCUUACUGCCCCGGGAACGAGAUCAGGACAGACUGCUCCAGGACAGAGAUCGCGGCGUGCGUCAUGGCCAAAUGUCCAGGCGCUUGCACGAGGGCGUGUCAGAACGGCGGUGUGUGCACGUCAGGGAAUACCUGUCUCUGUCCGUAUGGGUACGCCGGACAGGUGUGCCAAACAGAGUUUCAUACAAUUCCAUACGGACCUCAUACGAAUUCGAACUUUUAA